CAUGGCAUGCAUUCAACACGGCCAUCGAGUUGGAGUUUCCUUUUAUGAUCCCAGUAUCCGCCAACUUCAUGUGCUUGAAGUUUGGGAAGGUAGUAGCACAGAAUUUCCCUUGAUUGAUCUAGGUAUGAGUUUCAUGGUGCUUUGUUAUGAAUGGAUUCUAUUUCUUUUAGUCCUAUUGUUUUGGGACCCACCAGUGGGUAGCCCAAGUGGUAAGGGCGAACUUGUGUGCAUGAGCCCCAUGUCGCAAGUUCGAUUCCCCCUAGGAUCAAACUGCAAUUUAAGUGGGAGGCCAUGGCAAUGGGUUGCUGUGCUAGUCUCCCCGGAGGUUUAGGUUCCAUGGGUGAGUCCUAAGGGCUCUGCUGUGGGGUAUUUCGCCUGUCAUAAAAAAAAUCUUUUGGUACUAUGUUUCUUGACAAUUAAAUUAAAGAGCUUUGUUUUUGCCUCUUGCCACUCGAAUUAUUUCUAUUCAUCCAUAAAAUCUUUACGUAUUUUCUUCGGUUAAAUAUUUGUAACAAUAUACUUCAUAUGCCUUCUUUUGUUCACCUUGGCUGUAUCAAUGGUUCAGUAAAAUAUCAAGCAAAGCCACUGAUCAUUUACACAAGCACUAAAAGUGAAGAAUUCUUUUUGUGUGCUUUACAACGUAGUGAUGGAACAACUGAGGCUCCCACUGUGAAGCUUGUGAAAAGUUCAAUUUUCAGCUAUGAGCAAGCAUGGCACAGGUUGAUAUACCUUCGAGUGGCAGGAAUGGAUGAUGGAUUAAACAUCAAAGAGAGGGUUUGUUAUCUGAGUUCCAUGAUGGACAUGGGAAGUGAUGUUCAAGUUCGUGCAAGUGGGGGUCUUCUUGCGAUAUUGGAGAAUGAAAGGAUUGUGGAUACCCUGGAACAAAAGGAAUGUGGCAAUGCAUCAAUCGCAAUUGAUUCCGUGAUAGAAAUUUCAUUAAACAAUUUUCUCAAGCUCGAUGCAGCAGCUCAUGAGGCAUUACAGAUUUUCCAAAUAGACAAACAUCCUAGCCAUAUGGGCAUUGGUAGAGCAAAAGAAGGGUUCUCCGUGUUUGGCGUGAUGAAUAAGGUUUGCAGAAGUUCUUUGGAUUAUAAUCUUGUGUUAUCUUUGCAUAUUGAACUGAUUCCUUUGUUCUCAAUACAGUGCGUAACACCAAUGGGUAGACGCCUCUUGAGAAGCUGGUUCCUGAGGCCUAUACUAGACAUUGAAAAUUUAAACAGGCGGCUCAAUGCGAUAUCUUUCUUUCUUUUCUCUGAAGAUCUGAUGGCUUCUUUACGUGAAACUCUGAAGUCUGUAAAGGACAUUCCCCACAUACUCAAGAAAUUCAACUCCCCAAGCUCUAAAUGCACAUGCAGCGACUGGAUAGCUUUUCUAAAGAGUGUUUGCUCACUAUUGCAUGUGAGCAAGAUAUUUGAAGUGGGGAUUUCUGAAAGUCUUAGAGAGCAUGUGAAGCAUUUCAACUUGGACAUUGUUGAGGAGGCUGCUUCAUACAUUCCAACAGAGCUAGCUUACAUCUAUGAAUUGGUAAUUGGUGUUCUUGAUGUCAAUAGAGGUAAAGAAAAGGGUUAUGAAACCAUCGUGAAAGAGUGUUUUUGUGAUGAGUUGGAUGAGCUGAGGCAAAUAUACGAGGAACUACCAGAAUUUCUGGAGGAGUUGUCUUCAUUGGAGCGGGCACAACUUCCUCAUCUAUGUAAAGACAAGCUUGUUCCUUGUAUUGUUUAUAUACAGCAAAUAGGAUACUUGAUGUGCUUUUUUGAAGAAAACCUUGAUGAAGCCACACUGGUGGAACUACAAGAUUUUGCGUUUGCUUUCUCUGAUGUGGAUGGGGAGACAAAAAGAUUCUUUUACCGUACCCCAAAGACAAGAGAACUGGAUGACCUGCUUGGAGAUAUCUAUCAUAAAAUCCUAGAUAUGGAGAGGGCAAUUACUAGAGAUUUGGUGUCACAUAUUCUUCUAUUCUCAACCCAUUUGCUCAAGGCCAUCAAUUUUGCUGCUGAACUUGAUUGCCUUUUGUCAUUAGCACUUGUUGCUCGUCAAAACAAUUAUGUGAGGCCUACUUUGACUACAGAAAGCUUGCUCAAUAUUCAAAAUGGAAGGCAUAUUUUGCAGGAAAUGACAGUAGAUACAUUUAUUCCAAAUGACACAAAGAUACUUGAUGAUGGAAGAAUUCAAAUCAUCACUGGUCCUAAUUAUUCGGGGAAAAGUAUCUAUGUAAAGCAGGUAGCUUUAAUUGUUUUCCUUGCCCACAUUGGAAGUUUUGUUCCUGCAGAUGCUGCAACUGUGGGUUUGACUGAUAGGAUAUUCUGCGCAAUGGGAAGCAAGUUCAUGACUGCAGAACUGUCAACCUUCAUGAUUGAUCUACAUCAAGUAGGAAUGAUGCUAAGGCAUGCAACUCCACGAUCUUUGUGUCUACUGGAUGAGUUUGGUAAAGGUACUCUUACAGAAGAUGGCAUCGGGCUGCUUGGUGGAACCAUAACUCACUUUGCCACAUGUGAUGACCCCCCAAAGGUUCUGUUGUGUACUCAUUUGACUGAGAUAUUUGAUAAGAGUUGCCUACCAAAGUCUCAGUCUGAGAUGAUCAACUUUUACACCAUGAGUGUGCUGAGGCCUGACAACAAUUCUACGAAUAUUGAAGACAUUGUGUUUCUAUAUCGGCUUGUUCCCGGACAUGCACUUCUAAGCUAUGGGCUGCAUUGUGCACAACUUGCAGGUGUCCCUGGGGAAGUCAUAAUGCGAGCAGCGUUUGUAUUGGAUGCCAUCGGGAAUAAUAAGCAUGUUGAGCGAUUGUGCAAUGAGAAUAUAUCAGCUCAAGAUUGGCAAUACAAGGACGCAGCGGCCAAGAUUUUGGCGUUUGAUGUUUUCAAGGGGGACCUCAGCCUUUUCUUUCAGGAUAUAUUUCCAUCUUAAUCGUGAAGACAAUGAAGGUGUCCUCUCCUUCGAUUACAUUCUCCGAAGGAACACGAUCUGUUUUAUCGCAGGUAUAUUGGCUUGGCUUGACUCUUGUCAGGGAUUUUUUCAGGUUUUGCUUACAGAGAUACAGUAAAUCUGUAACAUCUGGGUAACAUAUUCGGACCUCAUCUGUCAAUGUGGGGCAUCUCUAUGCUAACUCUCAAGUUUCAACUACA